UCUCCAACCCAUUCUCUUCUCAACUCCUUCCAUUGACGUUCAUCUUCUUCUUCUUCGUCUUCAUAGAUCUCUUUCUCUUUUGCUGCUUCUCCAUGAGUUAACUUCAUCUAUUUUGGAUUCAUCGUCAUCAUCUUCAUCAAAUUCGAAUGUUUUCUUCAUAUUUCACUUGAUGACUCUCCCUCCCGUUUCUGUAGAUAUGAACAAUACAAUGAGACCCAGUGCUAAAGUCAUGUUUCGUUUGGUCUACGACAGGGGCUGACACUUUCCCUUUCGAUUCAUUUACUUCAAUUCUUCUUCUUCUUCCCUCUCUCUUUUUUCAGGUAAAUCUGCUGCGACUUUGACUUCUCUGAGGUAUUCAUCUCAUUCACACACACACACACACACACACACACACACAUACAUAUUCCAUUUUCCAAAGAUGGAAUCCAAAAACGGAAAAGAAAAGAAAGGGCUGAUCAUCAAGACAUGGGAGCGAUGCAAAUCCAUAGGACGCGGCUGCAAAAAUAAACGAUACAUGGCGAUUGACCCAGUGGCGGGUCCGUUAUGCAGAAACAAAUCAUGGCCCAACCUUGACGUCAAGGUGAUCGAAGAAAAGCCAACGAAGAACAAGAAAUCCCGUCAACGACAGGUUGCUCCAGAAGGUUGCUUUUCCGUCUAUGUGGGGCCUGAGAGGCAGAGGUUUGUGAUCAAGACGGAGUUUGCGAACCACCCUCUCUUCAAGAUCUUGCUGGAAGAAGCAGAAUCAGAGUAUGGAUAUAACAGCCAAGGCCCUUUAAUCCUUCCCUGCGAUGUUCAUAUAUUCCUCGAUGUUCUGAUGGAAAUGGACCAAGGCGCUGAAGAUCAAGAAAUCCGCCAGGGCUGUGCUUUUGUGAUGAAGCGUUCAAGCUCGUCAUAUCACCUUCUAACCCCAUCUCGAAUGCUCGCCAUAAAUCCCCUGUGAAUUCAGAUCAAGUGUGCUGUUUUUGCUUUCAGUUUCUACUUGAAGGAGAAGCACUUACAAUGCAAAUUAAGGAUAUAUAGAAAUAGAGAGAGAGAGAGAGAGAGAGAGAGAGAGAGAGAGAUGGGUAAAUAAAGAGUUGUGUGGUGAGUAUGUGGUAUUUGGAUUAUGAAGAUGGAGAUAUGACUAUGUAAGUUAUAACUACAGCUUAUAGUGUUUAAGGGGUCAAAGUUGUUGUUUGAGAGUCUCGUCCAUGGUUUGUAAUUGCUGUGACAAAUCUAAUAAUUAUGUUGCAUACUUGCUGGCUUGAAGCUAAAUAAUGGACACACACACACUCGCACACACUUUUGUUGAAUUAGAUUAACAACAUAAUAUUCGAUGAUUUGUAGCUCUGCUGGCCCUUGAAAUAAGAGGUUUCGGUGUUCUGUUGACUCA